AAUACUCGACACAACUGAAAAGAAAAUACAGCCUCUCCGAAUGUUAAAAAAAGACAAAACCCAAACUCCCCCUGUCUCUGUAAUCUGUGUACCGAACCACACAAUCUUCCCGAUCUGAUUGCGCCCCCCCCAACCGCUCAUAUUAACGAUUCUGCCAUUGCAGCCAUCCAUCUUCACUAAAAUGGUAUCCAUUUUAAUUCCCUGCUGAGAUAUUCAGAGAGGAUGUCCCAAGCUGACGUCUCUUACAGCUGUGGAUCUUGUGGUUACCCUUUGAACUUGACCUCUUCCAAUCGAAUCGCCACCAGCAUAAGCUCUGAAUAUCGCAAAUCCGUAGAGAAAGGUCUUAUCUCCUUUCUAUCUGUUGAUCUUAGUCGAUUCACACAAGUCGACGAGGUACAUUGCUUUCCUGUCAGUUGGGGCCGUCAUCGAUCAAAAACUAAACUACUUUGCCGUAAAUGUGGGGUUCAUAUAGGGUAUGGGUAUGGAGAUGCGCCUGCCCUUUGUGGUUUUGACUCUCCCGACUCAUCUAGUGGUGCUUUUAGGAAGUUUACAAUAAAGAUCCGAGCUCUACAGCCUUCAGACGAGUGCUAA